AUUAUGAGUUUAAGGUUAUCGAUAAAAUAAGAUACCCCUAUAUGUAUCAUAAUCGACACUCAUAAAAGGAUAUUCCUGAUGAUGUGUGCAAAAAGAAGGCAUGGAAUAUUAUUUUUAUUUGUAAUACAUGGUCUGUGGAUUUAACCUAGAAAUUUUGGUGUUUGAUAAAUUACCGUAAAGGCGCCAAACCGGCCGAUAUAACAAGCGGAGCUUAAAGGCGAGAAUGCCGCAUAUCGGCAUUGACCGUAUCGUUAGCUUCAGUAGCGAAGAUUCCGCACACGCGGCUAAAAACUUAUUAUCGAGCGACCCCGCUAAAAAAUGGAAAUGCAAAACGGCGGGCGAAAAAAACGCCAUCGUCGUGUUGCAAUUCGAACAACCCACCGUUAUCACCGGCGUGGAUAUCGGAAACGAGCACUCUGCUUACAUCGAAAUUCUCGUCUCUCGUUCCACCUCCGACGAUUAUAAAGUACUCUUGGUGAUGUCCUCAUUCAUGACGCCGUUGGAGUCCCGACAAAGCCAGAAUAUCAAUAAGGUUCGAAUGUUUAAAACGGAAGAUUUUUCAGAUCCGGAAAGAAACGAAAAGUGGGAUCGAGUGAAAAUCGUCUGCACACAGCCUUUCAAUAGACACGUGCAGUACGGUUUAUCAUUUGUUCGCUUCUACGCGAGCACUGAAAAAGAUGAAAUGAAACCGGCAUGUUUAACCAUAGGAAAGUUUGUGGUUCGACCGGAAUCGCCAGAUAAUAUCACGGCGGGUAGUUUGUUUGCCCGGAGGAAGGAGCUACAAGAAGAAACACUGAAAGGUGCGGCUGCUAUUAGAGAAGCAACAUUAUUGGCGCAUAUGGGAUCACCAGUUAAUAAAAAACUAAAACAUAACCUGCCCACGACUCCAAAGUUGAGGCCCGACCACUUAGGGGAAAAAAAAUCUCCAAAAGCGAGAAACCGUGAUGAGUUAUUGUACACUAAAGAAGAGGACGAGAAAAACGAUAAAAUAGACGCCAUAAUCGAGAAAAAAAUGAAAGAGAAGGGGGAGACAAUGCAAAAAGAGAAGGAGAAAAAGCAAAUGAGUGGGAAUAAAAAAAAUGUCGAUAAAAAAGAGUCGAACAAAAAUUCAAGUGACGCGGAAACGAGCAAACGAAGGUUACAACCUCGGGACGAUCACCCAAAGUCGAAAAAAAUGAAAAAGACGCGUCAAACGAAACCGUUCGCAAAAUUAUUGGACGGUGUCGUUUUGGUAAUAAGCGGCAUACAGAACCCGGACAGGGCAAAUUUACGCUCUAUGGCUUUGUCAAUGGGCGCCAAAUACAAAUCCGACUGGGACAACACCUGCACCCACUUAGUGUGCGCUUUCGCAAAUACCCCCAAAUUCAAUCAAGUUAAAGGUAAGGGUAAAAUAGUUAAAAGGAGUUGGUUGGAAGAUUCUUACAAUGAGAGGAAAAGGCUGCCUUGGAGGAGGUACGCUUUGGAUAAGGCAGACGCUGGAGCAGAGAGCGAAGAAGAAAUUUGGGAGGAAGUAAAAGACACUUUAGAGCCCGUCACGUUAUCAGAUAGCGAGUUAGUAGAGGAAGGAUCGGAUACUGAAGAUAGGGUGAAAGACAUACUAGCAAGGCGCCAGGGCGAACCGCCGGACAUUUUCAAAGCCGAUACCGACUUCGAGGCCACUGACAGUGACGAUUGCCUCGACGAUCGUUCGUUAGAAAUUAAAGACGUCCUAUUAAAAGAUUUUUUUCGAAACAAAAUUUUUUAUAUAGACAGCGCGUUGGACGAGGAUUAUAGGAAUAAGAUCAAACAGUACGUCGUGGCAUAUAACGGGUUGUUGGUGGAAAAUCUGGACGCCUCGAUAGAGAUAAUCAUCACGCGUAAAGAUAACGCCAACGUUUUUAAAGAUAUGUUACCGAAUGCGGUUUGCGUGUCGCCCGACUGGAUCUGGCGUUGUCACAAUUCGAAAAGCGUCGUCGAGAUGGACGAGUUCAUACUAUAA